UAAGGGGCAUGCUCCUUGAAGAUCCCCUGCACUCUGGAGAAUCCGAGCUGUCCCCACACCCCUUUUUCCUCCACUACAGGCAACCCUGUCCUGCCCCGCCGCCACCGUCAUAAAGGGAUCCUAGCACAUAUUCCCCCUCCGAAAUGUUAUGUCGGCUUCGGUUCUCCAUCCCGACAAGAAAGCAUCACAGGCCGGUCCUCCCUCCGUGCACACACUUCCCUUCCGUCGCCCCACUCCCUAACGCUGUGCCCGCGUGAGGCGGUCGGGGGAGCGCGCGCUGCGCGGUAACUUUCCUCUCAAGCAGCCUUUUCGCUGAGCCCCCCUCUGCCCCCGCGUGCGCGCGCGUGUCGUGCGUGCUCGCGCGCGACACCGCAGUGGAAGCUGGAGACGAGUUGCCGUUGCCGCCGCGAUUUGGGCGGGCUGGACAGCUGAGGGAAGGCAGCAGAAUCCCCAACGCGGCAGGAGCCAGAGCAAGGACGUGCGACGGGGAGCCAAAUAGGGGAGGGGGACCAAUAACCUAGCCAGCCAUUCAGAAGCAGAGAAUUCUUGUCUCCUCAGCAACGGGCCUGGAUGGCCAAGACUGCGCCUCCCCUCUCACGCCCUGUUGGUCGUUAGUAUCUCCCUCACUCUUAGCCUGCUUCUGCCUGGCACAGCCUCCCACCCUUCCCUUCCCUUGAACUAGAAUGUUGUCUGAAGGUGGGGAAGAUUCGUUCUUCCUCUUCCCCCCCGCUCCUUUUUCUUCCACACUCCACCCAGAAAUGAUCCGGUGAAAAUAGGAGGAGGAGGAGGUGAUUUUUCCCUCCCUCCUACUGCUGCUCCUUUUUCUGCUGGUCUGUGAAGGCUGCAGGAAUAUCCUCAUCGCUCAGUUUGUUUGAUGGACGAGCAGGAGAUAUUUUCGUGAAGUGGGUAAUCUUGACAGGGAAGAAGGGAAUAGCCUAUAUAAUAUUUUGGGGGUUAGGGUGGUGAGUGAGAAGGUUCUCCGAUGAAUCCCGACCAUGGGGAAGGACCAGGAACUGCUGGAAGCUGCUCGCACUGGGAAUGUGGCAUUGGUGGACAAACUCUUGGCUGGCAGGAAAGGCGGGCUCCUGGGCAGUGGAUCUGGACCUAUUCCUUUAUCCAACUUGCUGAGCAUUUGGCGUGGACCAAAUAUAAACUGCACAGAUAGUUCAGGGUACACUGCAUUACACCAUGCAGCUUUGAAUGGACACAAGGAUGUGGUAAUCAAAUUACUUCAAUAUGAAGCUUCCACUAAUGUGGCAGAUAAUAAAGGGUAUUUUCCUAUACACUUGGCUGCUUGGAAAGGAGAUGUAGAGAUUGUGAAGAUUCUUAUCCAUCAUGGGCCAUCACAUUCCAGAGUGAAUGAACAGAACAAUGAAAAUGAAACAGCUUUACACUGUGCAGCACAGUAUGGACACUCAGAAGUAGUUGCUGUUUUGCUUGAAGAACUUACAGAUCCUACAAUAAGGAACAACAAAUUAGAGACUCCGCUGGAUUUGGCAGCCUUAUAUGGCCGCCUGCAAGUAGUGAAGAUGAUAAUAAAUGCAUAUCCAAACUUGAUGAGCUGCAACACAAGAAAGCAUACUCCUUUGCACCUUGCUGCACGUAAUGGCCAUAAAGCUGUUGUACAGGUGCUACUAGAAGCUGGAAUGGAUGUCAGCUGCCAAACAGAAAAAGGAAGUGCAUUACAUGAAGCAGCUUUGUUUGGAAAGGUGGAUGUUGUACGCAUUCUUUUAGAAACAGGAAUUGAUGCAAACAUAAAGGACAAUAUAGGUAGAACUGUUUUAGAUAUUCUGAAAGAACAUCCAUCUCAACAGUCACUCCAAAUUGCUGCAUUACUUCAAGAGUACACAGAAACAGGAAAUGCAGUUGUACCAGAAGAAUCCAUUCAGGAAUGCCCCGUGCCAGAUCACCCAUCUUGUGUUUUAUCUCCAGAAGUUUCUCCUACACAAACAACAAAAAGUGAAGCUCUUACUGGAGAGUUAUCAAAACUAUUGGAUGAAAUCAAAUUGUGCCAAGAAAAAGAUUAUUCUCUGGAAGAGCUGUGCCAUGCAGUGUCAGACCAUUAUGUGGAAAAUGUUAGCAAAGUAUCAGAAGAAGAACCAGUGAUGAAUGGAAACCAAGCUAAAUCUAAUGUAAGACCAUCUUCAACAAAUCUGUCACCAACAGAAGAGGAAGAGGAGGAGGAUGGAGUUGAAAAUAGUUGUGGACCUACAGGUUUGUGGGAAGCACUGACACCUUGUAAUGGAUGCAGGAAUUUGGGAUUUCCCAGUCUUACUCAGGAGUCAUUUCCAAAGAAGAGGAGUUACACAUUGGAAGCAGUGCCAUCUGCUUCUUCUUAUGCAUUUCCUGUAGAAAAUGAGAAUGAUCUCUGUGAUUUUCUGGAUACAACAGUUACAAAGAAACCAUGUUCUUUAGAAAUAGCCAGAGGACUUUCCUCAAAAACAGAUAAUGCACCUCAAGUAGCAAUUAUUGAACCAGGUACAAGUAACCAUAGAAACAGUUCAACAGGCCCAACACCUGACUGCUCUCCUCCAUCACCAGACACUGCACUGAAAAAUAUAGUGAAAGUUAUACGACCUCAGCCCAAGCAACGUACAUCAAUAGUAUCAGCUUUUGAAUUUCAUCGACUAAAUCACAGCCAUGAUUAUUUUGAAAUCAACUCUUCAAUAGGAUAUGCAAGCUUUACUUCCAGCCCACCAAUCAGUCCAGCAAACUAUUCCAUUGGAUCAGUUGAGGGAAGCAUUGAAGAUAAUGACAUUCCAGAGACACAACAAACUUCUGUGGAAAGUGAGCCCCUUGAAAUGCAUCCUUCUGAGCAGUUUGCUGGCUUACUUCAUGGAUCAUCGCCUGCUUGUGAUCCACCUGAAAAUCCACUCCAACUCUACAGAAAAGCAAGCCUGACUGUUGAAUUAUAUCACAAAAGUAGUUUAAACAGGAAUAUUUUGGAUCCAGCACAGCUACAGGAAGAAAACAGUGUUGAUCCUCCAGUUAAAAAGAAAAAACCACCCAUUUUAAACAGAACAAUAUUCCUUUCUAAAAGUCAUCUAGGAGAAACUAACACACUGUCCAGUAUCACAAGAACUGGGGAUCAGUGGGUUGUUAAUGCAGCAGGGUUUUUUGAACGUGCUUGUACACUUGGGAGAAUACGAUCUUUGCCAAAGACUCUCCUUGACAUGCAUUUAUCCAAAUAUGUUUCAAAAUCAGAUUCUAACCUCAUUUCCUAUCCACCUAAUGAACAAAAAGCAAGAAGGAAUUGGACUGAAUCCACAGCAGCUUCAGAAAUCUCGAGAGGAAAUUCUGAAAGAACACCAUCAUUUACUUCAGAAUGGGAAGAAAUUGAUAAAAUAAUGAGCUCCAUAGAUGCUGGUAUAACUACUGGACUAGAAGAGAUUAAUGAUGGUAAGAAAUCACCCAGAUGCCCUGUACAGACUGUGGGACAAUGGUUGGAAAAUAUUGGGCUACCUCAGUAUGAGAACCACUUGCUGGCUAAUGGGUUUGACAAUAUACAGUUCAUGGGAAGCAAUGUUAUGGAGGAUCAAGAUCUCUUAGAAAUUGGAAUACUUAAUUCUGGACAUAGACAAAGAAUUCUCCAGGCAAUUCAGCUCCUUCCAAAGAUGAAACAGAUAGGCAGUGAUGUCUACAACCCCACCUCUGUAGCAGAGUGGCUAGAUUCUCUGGAACUGGGUGACUACAUCAAAGCCUUUCUGAUAAAUGGCUAUACAUCUAUGGACCUUGUGAAAAAAAUCUGGGAUAUUGAAUUAAUUAAUGUUUUAAAAAUAAGUCUGCUUGGCCAUCGAAAACGCAUUUUAUCCUCACUGGGAGACAGGCUUCACGAAGAUCCACCUCAGAAACCACCACGAUCUAUAACCCUCAGGGAACCCAGUGGUAACCACACUCCUCCCCAGUUGUCUCCUUCACUCAGCCAAAGCACUUACACUACUGGUGGCUCACUGGACGUACCACACAUUAUCAUGCAGGGGGAUGCAAGGAGAAGAAGAAAUGACAGUUACUUUGAUGAUAUUCCUCGGUCAAAACUGGAGAGACAGAUGGCACAGCAGUCUUCUGUCUGUGAGAUAUGGACCAACCAGAAUGCAGGAUAUCCUUACUCAGCAGUCCAUCAGGUUCAUAAUACUGGAGACUGGGGUGAGCCAUCGAUUACUUUACGACCUCCUAAUGAAGCAACAGCAUCAACACCAGUACAGUACUGGCAGCAUCAUCCUGAGAAACUCAUCUUCCAGUCAUGUGAUUACAAAGCAUUUUAUUUAGGUUCUAUGUUGGUAAAAGAGCUAAGAGGAACAGAAUCAACGCAGGAUGCCUGUGCAAAAAUGAGGAAAUCUACAGAACAAAUGAAAAAAGUCCCUACUAUUGUUUUAUCUGUCUCUUACAAGGGAGUAAAAUUUAUUGAUGCAACAAAUAAGAAUAUUAUUGCUGAACAUGAAAUUCGUAACAUUUCCUGUGCUGCACAAGACCCUGAAGACCUCUCUACGUUUGCUUACAUCACAAAAGACUUGAAGACAAAUCACCAUUACUGCCAUGUGUUUACAGCCUUUGAUGUGAAUUUAGCCUAUGAAAUAAUUCUCACAUUGGGACAGGCAUUUGAAGUAGCCUACCAACUUGCACUUCAAGCUCGAAAAGGAGGCCAUUCUUCAACCCUUCCUGAAAGCUUUGAUAAUAAGCCCACCAAACCAAUCCCAAAACCACGUGUUAGCAUUCGAAAAUCUGUGAUAGAUCCCACUGAACAAAAGACUCUUGCCAACCUACCAUGGAUUGUAGAACCAGGACAAGAAGCCAAAAGAGGGAUAAAUACCAAGUAUGAAACCACAAUAUUCUGAUGGUGAACUGUCCUCUGUUUCUUGUUGUGCCUUGCACUCAAAGCAGUCAUAGCACAGCCUUUCCUUGACGGCAACUCUUCAGUCUAGUAG